AUGGAACGACCGCCAUCGGUUCACAGUUCGCCUCGAUCUUUACGUUUAAAAACUCCGUCUGCCUCUGCCGCUCCGCAAGGGGAAGUCCCAGGCAUCCUCGUGACUUUUGAACCAGGGGAGAAAUCUAACCCGCAGAACUUUCACCCGGCGUACAAAAUAUGGCUCACCGCUCAGAUGAGCCUCCUGGCUUUGGCCGGCGCUUUAGGCUCAUCAAUUUUAUCCUCAGCCAAUGCGGAAAUCGCUGAAUAUACCAGAGUAAAAUCAGAGGUUACUUCUCUCACUGUAGCUCUAUUUGUCCUAGGUUGGGCAUUCGGCCCUUUGCUUUGGGCGCCUAUCAGCGAGGUUCAUGGACGUCGGAUAGGAAUGCUUCCCCCAUUUGUGGUAAUGGGCUGCUUUAGCAUUGGUACGGCGGUUAGCAGGAAUGCUGCGAGUGUCCUGAUCACACGCUUUCUGGGAGGGAUCUUCGCAUCGGCGCCGAUAAGUAAUGUUCCUGCUGCGUUGGGCGACAUGUGGUCUCCCGAGGCUCGAGGAAUCGCAAUGGCAUUUGUCUCCAUCUGUAUCUCAGGCGGUCCAACCCUAGGCCCCAUAAUUGGUGCGGCGGUAGUCACUCGCCCGAGUAUGGGCUGGCGCUGGACGGCAUACAUCGAGGCCAUCAUCGUCUUUUCUCUUUGCAUUGUGUCUUUCUUCUGUCUCCCCGAGACGUUUGCCCCGGUUCUUCUAAAACACAAGGCGGAGAAGCUGCGCAAGAGCACGGGAGAUCAACGAUAUUGGCAUCCGCAUGAAAAAGAGGAGAUCAAUGCGAGCAACGUGAUGACCAAAUAUUUUGGCCGCCCGUUAAGAAUGCUUUUGACGGAACCUCUCGUGACCUGUAUGGCAUUCUAUGCUUCUUUCACGUACAGUUUGAUCUACUUGACUCUGGAGAUUUUCCCGAUAGUUUUUCGGGAGCACCGGCAUUGGUCUUUAAUGUCUUCCUCCUUGACAUUUCUGGGAAUUCUUACCGGUGUUAUUCUUGCCGCUCCUUUGAAUUUUCUUUUCCAGCCUUAUUAUAAAAGGGCCGUCAAAUUAAAUCACGGGAAGGCUGUCGCAGAAGCUCGUUUACCGCCGCUUGUCUUGGGUGGUUUCCUUCUCACAACUGGCUUAUUUUGGUUUGCCUGGACAGCAGCCCCAAAGUACCCAUGGCCUUUGCCAGUGGUUGCAGCAGGCUUCAUUGGGGCUGGCUUUACUUUGGUCUUUCAACAAUGCUUGAAUUUUCUCGUCGACACAUACGGACCCUACGCGGCAAGCGCCGUCUCUGCGAAUACUAUCCUUCGGUCUGUGCUCGCUUGCGCUCUACCCGUUGCGGCCGCACCGAUGGCCCACACCAUGGGCAUUGGUCCAGCGAUGAGUCUCCUUGGGGGGGUUUCCUGUCUAGUACUGCCCGUUCCAUUCUUAUUCAUGAAAUAUUCCCCUACUCUUCGACAGAAGUCGAAGUUUGCUGUUGUCGAUAGCCAUUAG